AUGUUUGCCGUCAUCCUUGACUACAGCCGAAAGGGUGUUCUGCCGAUUCCGCUGAAUCUGCUCGAGGCUGUUUAUCAUCUCUUGCGGCAUCUGCUUUUCUCUGUCGUGCCAACGCAACACAACGAAUCCGCUCCCGCCGCAUUCACUUCACUUCCGCCCACUUCGCCGAGGGAGGAGACCGAACAGCUGGCCCUCAAGAUGCAACGAGCCAAACUGUAUCUGAUCAAGCGGCUGGCCAGACAGAAGCUGGAAGAGACGGCCGAGAACAUGCUGCAACAGGCUCUACGGCGAUCGGCUGGCCUCCUUUCGCUCCGUUGCCACCUUCUCAACAAAUGUCUACCCGACGACAGACAUACAGUUCGUGUCAUGGCAACAAGCCUGGACACAUAA